AUGGCAUUUCAAUUAGCUGAUGAAAUGACUGAAGUUGGUUUUAUACCAAAUGAAGAUACUUAUGUAUCAUUAUUAAUUGCAUGUAAUUCAGAAAAAAAGACUGGUUUUAAAUAUGCUAUAGAAAUUUGGCGUCGAAUGCUUGCUUUUGGUAUUAAACCAACUCCAUUUCAUUUUGGUCUUUUACUUAAUAUUACAUAUAAUUGUGGAUUAGGUUCAUUAAAAUCGAUGCAUGAUUUACUUUUUCCACUUCAAUCUCAACAAUUUCUUCUCGAUGAAAUUGAUACUAAAGAUAAUGAAAAAAAAGUACAUCGAGGACCGUCAUUUCUCUCAGCCAUAGAUAUAUCUAAUGAAGAAUCUUCACAUAUGAUUUCUAAAUCAAAUGAUUUAAUUGAUACAAAUGAUAAAAAUCAACAACAAUUAGUUUCUUCUGAAAUAAUUGAAUAUCAAGAUAGUUCAACAUCAUCAUCAUCAUCAUCAGAAUUAACAACUGAAUGGUGGCAAGAUCCCGAUGAUAUUCGAAAAGGACAUUUAUUAAAAGAUCAUUUAAGUCCAUUUAGCAAUGCAAGUAUACUUAAACCAAAUAUGUUCUAUAAUGAACCGAAUCUUGUUGGUCUUCGAAUACCUCGUUCACCAUCUGAAAGACUCAUGUUAUUAGGUGGUAUUCCAGGUGUAUUAAAACAUAUGCAAGAAUGUAAUGUUUUACCUAAUAAUAUCAUCUUUAAUACAUUGCUUAAUCUUAUUCCAUCAUUAACUGAAUAUGAACAAGUACUGAUUCAUGUUUCGAAUAUCUGUCAAGUCAAACCUAAUAUACAAUUUUAUAAUGCACUCAUCCUUCGAAGAUUACGACGACGAGCAAAACAAGAAGCAUUGCAAGUACUUGAUUUUAUGCGUGAAGAAUGUUUAUCACCUGAUGAAUAUACAUUUUCAGCUUUGGCUAAAGGAUGUGCGAACAGACAUGAUGCUGAACAAUUGUUAAAUGAAAUGAAAGAUCUCAAUUUGAAGCCUAAUCAAAAAAUUCUUGAAGCAAUGCUUAAUAAUGCUUUUUAUCGUACUAACUUUCCAUUACUUUCAUUCAUUUGUGAAUCAUAUAGAACAUAUAAUUUAGCUGUUAAUAAAGGAUUUCUUGAACGAAUAGAGAAAUUUUUAUUAGAUAUACGUUCAAAAAUUCUAGCAAUGGAACAUGCCAAUGUAGAUACUGAUCAAUAUCGUUUACUAAGUUCAUCAUAUGAUCGUUUUCAAAAAUUCUACAACAGAUGGCUUCAUGAAGUGCCAUACUCAAAACGUUUUGAUCAAAAAAUAUCUUUUCUUUAUGAUAAACCAGAUUUGAAAAAAUGA